CGAGCUCACUUCCGGCCUCCGGGCUGCUGACGCUCUCUUCCGGUCUUGGUGGCCCCGCGAGAGGCCCGUGGGGUGCGCACGAUGAGGCUGCUGGCGGCCGUGCUGUUGGCUCUGCUUGCGGCCAGCCAGGCGGAGGAAGGAGCCCGGCUUCUGGCCUCCAAAUCGCUGCUGAACAGAUACGCUGUGGAGGGGCGAGACCUGACCUUACAGUACAACAUCUACAAUGUUGGCUCGAGCGCUGCAUUAGACGUGGAGUUAUCCGACGACUCCUUCCCUCCCGAGGACUUUGGUAUAGUCUCUGGAAUGCUCAAUGUCAAAUGGGACCGAAUUGCCCCCGCUAGCAAUGUCUCCCACACGGUGGUGCUGCGCCCUCUCAAGGCCGGCUACUUCAACUUCACCUCGGCAACUGUCACCUACCUGGCGCAGGAGGACGGGCCUGUGGUGGUUGGCUUCACCAGCGCCCCCGGGCAGGGCGGCAUCCUGGCCCAGCGGGAGUUUGAUAGGAGAUUCUCCCCCCACUUUCUGGACUGGGCGGCCUUCGGGGUCAUGACCCUCCCCUCCAUCGGUGUGCCGCUGCUGCUCUGGUACUCCAGCAAGAGGAAGUACGACACCCCCAGGGCCAAGAAGAACUGAGCUCGGGCGGCCAUGGCCCUUCCUCCCCAGGAGACCCAGGUGCGGAUCUCGGGUGCGGCGUCUGCUCCCCUCGCCCCGGCCACCCCUCCCGGAUCCCGCCUGCUCUCCAGCAGAGUGAAGGGCCCGGGCCGCGCUUCCAUCCUGAAGCCAUACCCACAGGAACGCCUUCAGCAGUGAGCCUCGAGGGCCCUCGGUGCCCACCGCCGAGCGCAGGGAGGACCCUGAGGGGUCCAGCAGGGGCCUGACGCUGCCCCCACCCCCGCCCUCCCCUUCCAGAAGAGGCUUGGAGACGAUGUGAAGGCCGAAGGACUCUUGGAGGCUUGCCCGGUCUCUGUUCCAGGUCAGGGACCCGCGGUUUUCUAAUAAAAACGGAUGCCACAC